UGUCUUCUUUCUUUCUUGCUUUCUGUUUGUUCGGUUUUCAUCGUCAAGUUCUCUCUUUGAUGUGAAAUUACUAAAAGGGUUGACAUGUGUUUUUGUGGGUUGUUUGUUGGUUUGAAAGAUUGAUGAUUUGUCUUUCAUGGUGUUUUAGCUGAUCUUCCUUGUCCUUUUUCGAGUAAGGGUAUUGGCGAUGUGUGGAUCACUAGUGAACGACCGUGUCUUACUGUUGGGUUCUCGUGUGGAGUUUCUCUGUGCUUCUCUCAGUCAUGUUUGAUUGGAACGACGAAGAGAUUUCAAACAUAAUAUGGGGUAAGGCCAAUGAGAGUGAUGAUCAUAUUGUUCCUUAUCCGGAGGGAAGUGAUGAUUGUCAUGAAAAAAAGGAAUGGAACCAAGAAGCUUCAGCCAUCAAGCCUGCUGAACAGAAGACAGCUGUUCCCAAAAUCGAUGGUCAUGGUAAGAAGCUGGAUAGCAGUCCAAACUUGACCGUAAAUGGAGGAAUUUCUACCUCAGGAUUUUAUUUGGACUCCUGGCCCAGUCUGUCUUCAUCUAAUGCUACCAAAACUGAUCUUGAUCCCUUGGCAGAGUCAGCUCAAAGUGCAAAGGAUCCUGAAAAUUUUCAAAGUCCCAAUGAAGACAAAGAACAGAGUGAUUUUGUUGACUAUGGCUGGGCGAACAUUGGAAGCUUUGAUGACCUCGAUCGAAUUUUUAGCAAUGAUGAUGCAAUACUUGGCACUGUUAACCUUGGUAAUGCUGUUGAGCUAUGGUCUUCCUCAAAAGAUAUAACUAGCAGCCCACUGAAGUCCUUUUCCAUGUCUGCGGGGUCUCCAAGUUCAGGUUUAGGAGUAAUAAAGAGUUCACCUGAACUAUUUGAAACUAAAAAGGAGUAUGUGGAAGUAGAUGAUAAGUCAUGUACCCUUGGAUAUGGGAAACCAGAAAUCCCUGCAUCUCAUGGUCUGCAGAAUGGACAAGCUGUCAUGGAUACUGGGGAAUAUGCUAAAGGUAAAAGUAAGACCAAGGAGAAGGAUCAGAAAAUGGAUCUCAAUCCAAGGGGCACUGUAACAAACCCUCAACUUGGUGCUGAAAAUGUUGGAGCCCCAAAUGAAUUUUCAGAUCAGUAUGUGCAGGCUGAUAAGCAGAAAAAGCUUUUGAACCCAUCUGGACAAUUUGGGAACCAAUUUUUAUCUUCCACGAUACAAUCUUCUUCACCAUCAGUUCUCAGUCAACAGAGACAGAUUCAAGGAUCUGAAGCUUUGCAAUACCAGCGUAACUCCAGUUCAUUUGUGGCUCCUUCUGCAUAUGGGGACGCUGCAAGUUCAUUUUCUGUCAUACCUGUGAUGUCCCAUGUUCAACCUGAGGAGCUGAAGCAUAAUCCUCUGCUUUCUGGUUAUGAAGUUUCUUCAGUUACUGCAAAUCCUGUAAACAAGUCUGGGGAUGCUUGGGUAAAAUCCCAGACUAUGACACCUCAGGAAAAAAUUGAAAAACUAAGGAGGCGGCAGCAAAUGCAGGCACUACUUGCUAUUCAGAAACAGCAGCAGCGGCAGCUUGGCCACCAAGCCUCUACUACUGAUCAUGCCAUCACUCGAAAGUGUACCCAAGAAAAUCAAAUUCAGCGUGUUGAUGGAGCUAACCUUGAAGUCGAGGAUCUAAGCACCCUUUCUUCUCUAGAUCCAAACUCACCUGUAGAACAAGAUGAUUCCGAUAUAAUCUCUCUCGCUGUAAAUGAUUAUGCAGUGGAGGACACAAUACUCUUCAGGCUUCAAGACAUUGUUGCAAAGUUGGACAUGAAAAUGAGACUAUGUAUAAGAGAUAGCUUGUUCCGGUUGGCUCAGAGUUCAAUGCAAAGGCAUUACACUAGUGAUACUAGCAGUUCCAACAAAAAGGAUGAGCAAGUUGCUGCUAAUGAGGAUAUCAAUAACAGUAACAGGAAUGCUAAUAUGCCUGAUGUGGAAACGGAGACUAAUCCCAUUGACCGGACUGUGGCUCAUUUGCUGUUUCAUAGACCUGUGGAAUUGUCUGGACAACAUCCUGAUACUCCAGAAUCGCCUGUCUUUACCAAGCUCCCACGCAAGCUCAAAUCAAUAGCCCUAACGAACUCUCCAAUGGGGUACUUGGCCGAAAGUUUGCAAAACAAACAAAACUUUUCGCUACAAGGAUCCAAAAAUUCUAGCUCGUUCUCCGACACCUAUCUAGUAGGCCAAUAUAGAAGCACCCCUUGUUUAGAUGCUUCAGAAGAUGCGUCAAACAGUGGGCAUGGGAACGGGACUGCCAGGAACAUUGAGGCCUCUCGAAGAAGGGACUCAUUUUAGUGCUUCAUAAGGAAUGUUUUUCCUUGUCAGCCAACUAGAUCAACUGCCGGUAGAGUUCAUGGAGCACGAAGAUCAUCAUCUUGGAGCACUAAUGAGCACGACCAUCGGUGUGAUCUGCACAAGAUAGUUGUGUGCGUAGCAUAUAUGUUGGGAGUAUUAAAGUCAAUAGCAAAUAUUUUAUGUCCAAAGAUUUGUAUGUUCUGUAUUCUCAGACGUACUCAUAAGACGACUCUUGGUAUGUUCAUGCUUUUUAGACUGUGGAGUUGAUGUGUAUUUGGCGAAGCUACUGAUUGCCAGGUUAAUAAUUUGCCGAAGGUUGAUAUUUGCCUAAUUUUAUUGUCUA